AGGGAAGGAGGAGAGAGCAACAUCACUGACUGACUACCUGCUCGAGCGAAACACUGGCUGAAGACGCUCAGACACGCGCGCGCACAGUCGAUCGUUCGCGGAGAAGCAACACAAUCCUCGGGCACGAAACUAUUCAAAGAAUCUGGGAAUUUUUGGAGAGGAGAUAAAUUACAAACAACCUUGAAGUGAAAAAGUGAACAGUCAUGCAUCUAAAUCGCGAGGACGAGGAUAACAAGGGUUCUGUGUCCCUCAGCGUGUUCCUGGUGUCUCUGGGCCUGACGGUGUGUGUGGUGUGGCUGGUGGCCCUGUGUGGUGUCUGUGGCUGGUGUCAGCGCAAGCUGGGGAAGAGGAACAAACCUGGAGUGGAGACAGCGGGCACCCCAGACUCUUCUCGGGGCCGAGGGGAGAACAAAGGCCUGAAUGAUCUAGACAGGGACUUUUGGAAUAACAAUGACAGCAGUACCGUGCAGCAGCGGUGGAGCUCCUACCCGCCCAAGGAGUUCCUCCUAAACAUGUCCCCCUAUGCCCCCUACGGAGACCCACGCCUCACGCCCAACUUUGGGGACCCCUCCCUGUCCUCUGCCUCCACCCUGGAGCACAUCCCUUCCUCGGCCGCCCGCCCACGGCCCCUGGUGAGGCAGCAGAGCCUCCAGCAGCCCCUAUCCCACCAGCCUCCGCCGGGCCCCAACGACCCCCCGGCAACAUCUCAGAGCCUGGGCCAGCUCCAUACGGGGCCGGGCGGCGGGGGGAACCGGGGAGGUCCGCGGGGGGUGCGUGGUAGUCCGGCUGGAGCAGGGGCCUCGCGAUACAGGGGAGGCGGAGGAGGAGGGAGGUCUCGCUCAAACCCGGGCAGCGUGGACCACGUGAUGGGACAGAUUCGCCGGAGAGGACUGGACGUCAAGUCGUUCCUGGAAGGGAAGAUGGUGGUCUUAUCCCUGGCGAUCGGAUUGGCUGAACAAGAUGACUUUGCCAACCUUCCAGACCUUCAGGAGGCACCAGCGAGCCAAGAAACGCCGCCCUCCGACAAGAGAGGCGCAAACAACAAGCCAGGAAGCAGCCCCAGGGGUCAGACACCAGAUGAUGCCGGCCGCCGUCAGGACGCCAACUCCUCAGUGUCAGACCUGGCUAACUCACUCACCAGCGACAUGCUAAUGGUACGAACACAACUGUCUCCUGGCUCAGAGGAGGAUGAUCAUGAGGGUCCCAUAGUUGAGAAGCUUGGGCGCAUCCAGUUCAGUUUGGGCUACAAUUUCCAGGACUCCACUCUCACAGUCAAGAUACUGAAGGGCCAGGACCUACCUGCCAAGGAUUUUUCCGGAACCUCCGACCCCUUCGUCAAAAUAUACCUACUGCCUGACAAGAAGCACAAGCUGGAGACCAAGGUCAAAAGGAAGAACCUCAAUCCGCACUGGAACGAGACAUUCCUCUUCGAAGGAUUCCCUUUUGACAAGGUAGUCCAGCGCACAUUGUACCUGCAGGUCCUAGAUUACGACCGCUUCAGCAGAAACGACCCCAUCGGCGAGGUGUCCAUUCCCCUCAACAAAGUGGAGCUGGCGCACAUGCAGACCUUCUGGAAGGAGCUGAAACCGUGCAGUGAUGGCAGCGGGAGUCGAGGGGACCUGCUGGUGUCGCUCUGCUACAAUCCCACUGCCAACACAAUCACUGUGAGCAUCAUUAAGGCCCGCAACCUCAAAGCCAUGGACAUCGGAGGAACCUCCGAUCCAUAUGUGAAGGUGUGGCUGAUGCACAAAGACAAGCGGGUGGAGAAGAAGAAGACAGUGGUGAUGAAGCGCUGUUUGAACCCCGUCUUCAACGAGUCCUUCCCCUUCGACGUCCCCGCCCACGUCCUGAGAGAAACCACCAUCAUCAUCACGGUGAUGGAUAAAGACAAGUUCAGUCGCAAUGAUGUCAUUGGCAAGAUCUAUCUCUCCUGGAAGAGUGGUCCAGCAGAGGUGAAGCACUGGAAGGACAUGAUGGGUCACCCUCGCACGACGGUGGCCCAGUGGCACCCUCUGAAGGCCUGAAACCCCCCCACCACCACCACCACCACCACCAUACACCUGCCAAAACCCUGCCCGCAACUGCCCCUUCCCCAAAACAAAUCAAAACAAAUGAAGAAAGUAAUUUCUCCUCUCCUAUGUGCCCUGAACCCAGUCAAUAUGCACAAGGCUCUCGCUGCCAAACGGGUACAAAUAGCCAUUCAACACAACCCUUUCUCACCUUCUGUCCAUUUUAUCUCUCUCUUUUCUCUGUCAGCUACUCUCCUCUUGAACUUCAGUAUAUUCAGGGGGGUGAACAGUCUUCUCUUCCUCAUCCUCCUCUUCCUCCUCUACCCUGCCCCCCCCCCCCCUUUCUCCAUAACUGUGGGUUCUCCCUGAAGUUUGUCUGCCCAGCACCAAGGCCCAGCACUGGGCUGCCGUGGCAGGAGGACCGCUCCAUCAGAGCUUCGCUUGCCAGAGAGAGAACACCGUCUCCCCAGCAGGCACGCCAUGUUUUUAGAGAUCAAAAAUUCAUUAUAAAGUUUCGACCGUGCCCGUGUGAAGUCUCCAAUUUUCUUCUCCUCUGCUCUCUUCUCCUUUGGGUGUGAACACAACACUAAAACACAGUUGUUUGUGCUGAACCUGAAACAGGCUAUGCUUCAGGAAGGCCCCACGUGUAAACGGACUAAGCCUGGGAUCCAACACGCUGCAAGUGUUUUUUAUGCAUCCACAGUGAAGGCUCAAAGUUUCCCUCUGCUCCAAGAUGGUGGACAUCCUUUUUUUGCUGACCAUUUUCUUUUUGUUAGUUGUCAAACUUGUGCCUCCUUUCAUCAACAUUACCUAAAAAAAAAAAAACAUGGAACAAGGGGAGGGAUCAGGAGAGGUGUGCAAUACCCUAGAGAAAGGAGGAAAAGAUGUGGCCAUUUACGCCAACCUCCAUCCCCACCACCUUGGCACAAGUGUAGUAACACCACACCCCCACCCCAACCCCACCCUUGGCUGGAAGCCUGUGUCAUCUGUGUGUUCCGUGGGUGCUGUGCUGUGUUCAAAACAAAUUCUUGUUGAAGAAAAGAAAAAAAUACUUAACCAACUGGACUAGGUCAAGGGGGAAUUAGAGUAAUAAGAACAUUCCAUUUUGAAAAAAAAAAACAUGUCUAAAAUGGACAUUGUCAGUGUCAACUGAGGUGAAAAUUUGUGGUGGAUGUUGUUUUGCGUUUUCUUCUGAAACUAAAUGAGACCAAUCAAAGACGUUCUUCCAGAGAAAAAAAGGAAAUAGAAGCAAAAAGCCAGCUUUUUGAGCCUUAUUGCGUGAGAGAGAGUGAAUGCAACAUGACAAAAACAGUGACUGUGAGCAAGUGUGUGUGUGUGUGUUUGUUGAGUGUUUGUUAAUAGACAGGCUGACAAUUGAAUAAUACCUGGUACCAAUAAUAAUGACGCUUUACCUAUAAUUAUGGAAAUAUUAAUGCCCAUUAAAGUCAUAAUAAUUUAAAAGGGCCACUAACAGGCAACAGCACAAAGAGAUCGAGAGAGACAGAGAGUUAAGGAGGUGGUAUACCCAUCCAUGCACUUUUGUGCGUACUGAAGACUGCGUCAUUGACACGCGGUCACAAUUGUUGGGAGGCACACAACCCCCACCCCCACCCCGCCUCCGGCAGGCCGCCCUGAUGACACAAUUGUCAUCACGCACCUCGUGCACAGGACACAGGCUCAGGACUAUACCAGGCCUCUUUUUCCAGAUGUCCGUCUGUCCUGUUGUUCCACUAACCUAGUGAACGUAGGGCCCAACUCAGCUAGGAUUAACGAUCUCCCCCUUCUUCAGUCUCCAUGUAAGUGGCUUUCUUUUGAUUGCAUCAUGAAUUUAACCAGUAUGCAAUGACACUGCCAAUGCUUAGCUGACCUCUGCCAGAACUCUUUCAAAGAGUCCCUUAUUAAGGAGCCAAAGGAGUACUUUAUGCCUGUCAACAAUAAUUUAUCUAUCAAAUUCUAUUGAGCAGAUUAGGAAUAUGGAAAACCACAAGGAUAAAAAAUGUAUGUGUAGUGUAAUUCUGAUCAUAGUGUCAUUUUUAACAUCUGUCUGUGGUACAUGUCUAUGUCAUCUUCUAGCUUGAGUGUGUUCAUGUGUGUUCAUGUGUAUGAGUGUGUGCAGGAAUGUUUUAGCCAACAAGUCUAUUGUCGUCUCUGUAACUGUUAACUCAUAGGUCUGUGUGUUUUAAACGAGUUGUGUCUUAGAAGAGCGAACAGGUGAACUGCCUGACAGAUAUACUGCAUAUUAGUUGGGUGCCUUCCUCCGCACAGCAUAUCCAAUUCAGUGUUAAAAAAAAAAUACACAAUCACUCAUGUAUGCCAUGCUCACAUGCAGCCAAAUUAGAUCUAGGUCACAGUAAAAGGUUAAUGGAAGCUGUUCUUCUACCCUGCUCAUGAUUACCUUGCAAAAUCAGCCCUGGUGACUUCCAGCUAUCUCCUGCCUCCAUCUCAGUGCAGUGCCCCGCACAGCAAUCAUGUGUGGGUACGAAAUGGGCACAUUUUUUUGCGCUGCGCUAAGCGACUCCAAAAAUAGACCUAUACGACAUAUAAGUUAGCUUGUAAGGCAGCUUAUAUGUUGCAACAUAUAAGCUGCCAUAUGUACUGAGGUAAAUGCUGUUGGCUCCAACACCCUCAGCCCCAGCUCUGUCUCUCUCUGCAUCUGUGUGGCUUCUAUGCUGACUAUAACUGGACUGAAUCCAGUGUCAUCGAGCAAAAGACACUUUCUAGCUAACGAUGAUGAUAAUGAUGAUCACGCUCGAAGGACCAUUAGUGUUAUAACAAUAACAAUGGAUUUUUCAUGGUAAAUUUUUCUGGAACUAAUGGUCUGUGUGUGUAUAAAGUCUGUGUACAUUUCGGUGUGUAUGUGUAGGUUUGUGUGGGAGUGUGUGUGUGUGGAAGUGAUGGCGUGUGCUUGUUUGUCAGCUUCUUUGUCUUAUUGAAAAGGAGAAUUUUGGGUUUUCCUUUUUAUGUACUUUAUCUUGUAUAAAGUGUUUUUUGGGGAAGACAAUAUUUGUUGUACAAUUCUUUUGUAUCUGUUGCUGUUAAACGGUGAUGACUACAGGGAUGUCAGAACGUGUCUCAAUUUAAAAGACACUGAUUACCUGUUACCUUUUUUUAUUUGGACUUGAGGGAAGAGAAAGAAGAGUUUAGGGCAAGGAGAUAGACAGAGGGAAAAAAACAGAUAAUCUCUUCAUCAUUGCAGCACUCAACCAUAGACAUGCAGACACCCACACACAAAUACUCACAGAGACCGAUAUACACACACACACAUAUGCACACAUAUAUAUAUAUACACACACACACACACACACACACACACACACACAUACACACAUAAUAGGUGUUCUCGUCCCUGAGAGUACUUUUUUCUUGGCCCGCUAUUAUGGGAAAAGCACAGGGAUGAUAGGACCACAAACCCUGACAGCUUUUUUUAUGAUGUUCCCAUAGCCAAUUCAUCAGCCAACAGUUUAUCAUGACAUCCUGAUAUGGCGGACAAAUCGAUUGGUCUUUCCCCACCUCUGGGAAGUGAUCUUUGCCAAGAGAGUCAAUACCAGCCACCAAUCUGUUUCAGUGAUGGUGUCAUAUGCACUCACAAAAGGUGUAGCCUUCCCAAUGAGAUACAUCAGUGGCACCCCACACUAAAUUACUUGUUACAGUGUCGCAGGAACCAUUGUAUCCUUCUUGAAAUUUGUAACACCUGAAUGAGUCAUACAAUAUGCAGUGACCUCGUGUCUAUUGAGAUGUUCUGUGAGACACUUUUAGCUGUCAUGACCUCAUCAUGAGAGAGUGGCACAGUGAUUAGCUCAUGUCUGCCGCUCCUGAGCUCUCGCAGUCAGACACCUGGCUGGCGACGCACGCCCAGCGAGUGUCUCAAAGCGCCACGCCCUGGCAGAGGCUCUCACUCACUCACUAAAGAUUCUGAUCCUGAUCUGAGGCUGAUACUCCCACUAAGUGUUAGCCACAACAACGGGACAGAGACAGACACAGACAUCAGAUCUCCGUCAUUCUCAGACAUCUCCCUAAGGAUCUGUUCCGCUCGGAAAAGGUGUGACGAGAAAAUCCUGUCCUUAGCUAUGACCCGGCGUUGGGCCUGAAGACAAGUUUGUGUGAGAUGCACAGUUGUUGACUGGACUAUGUCCUUGUUUGGGGGUGGGACACCACUCCCUGAAGAACUGGCAUGCAGUGUAUUUCCUGUCCUGUUCUGAACUGACCAUUGAUCCUGGUGGUAUAGUUCAAAGUGAGGUCUUGUUUCUUGUCUUCUUGUUUGUUGUAUUUGAUAAUUGGGUUUCAUUUGUGACUACAGUGAGCCUUGACUUUUUUCCUUUGAUGAUAAUAUUCUCAGUCAUCUUUUGUUUUUCUAAAACAAAAUUCUUGUUACAUGUUUGACCAUGGAAGAACAGAAUGUAAACCUAAGCUCCAAAUCUAUCAAUACUGGGAAGCAAGAGUUGGUGGCGUGAAAGAGAAAGCUAGAUCCUUGCCAUGUUACAUCGAUCUGAACAGUCGACUUGUAGACUGGAUCACUGGCGACUGCGCUCUGUCUAAUGGGCCCCUUCAAAGAUCUUCUCUCCCCAACUCAACUCUCUACUUACUCCCUCGGUCUCACUUUCUUGCGAUCUCAUCACACAUCUGUGAUGUGCACAAACAUAUUUUGUUAUUUAUUAGUUUUGACAACUAUGUACAGUGUAUAUAGAUAUAAAUGUAUAUAAAAGAGUAAAGUUA